AUGGCAACAAACCUUUUUGGCCUUGCUGCUCCUGGUGCUACGUGGCAGACGUAUUCUGCUAUUCACCCGGUUGCAAACCUAGACCAAAUGGGCAGCCCCGACAAAUUUCCUGUUGUGCUUUGGCGAACAUCAUCAGAAGGCGAGUGGGAGAUGAAAGCGACUGAAGUGUUAUUCCAGCGACUGGAUGGUACAUCCAAGUUUCGGUUCAUGGUGAAAGGAUACCGUCGUGAGGGAGAUUCCAUGAAUAGGUUUGAAGAACACAUUCCAGUUUCAUUGACCAAGCGUGUCCGAUGGAACGAUCCCAAGAUCACCACUCUCCGCGGAAGGACCUCCAAGAGCCGUCUUGUUGAAGUUGAUUUCCACUACGAUAUUGAGGACCGUCAACCCAAUGAUAUUAUUCGAGUGGAAGUCAUUAUCCCCAAGACAGCUGACAGUGAUAAUGGCAAGGUCUUGUAUAAGGCUUUGAAUUGGGCUCGCUCAGUGGUGGCAGCUCAGCUUGAUUUCGAGGAAUACAUGGCAGUAGUGUAG